UAGAGUGUGGCUACACUGGUAUCAGCUGUUUAGGUGUCGACGUACCCUGUGAAUGGUCAAACGCACACAAAGCAAAUUUUUGCUUGAAAACACGGAUAAAAUAGAUCAAAUAAACUUAAAAAUGGAGCCAAACGAUGAAGUUGUUGAGCGUCAAAAGCUAGUGCCAAAUGAUGUUGAAACGGAGGAGGAAGCGAAAUCAGCCCAGACACCUGCCACACCCGUUGCGGUGCCAAAGAUUAAUAUUAAAGGCAUAUCCAGUGGGGAAACUACACGUAGCCGCAACUCGGCCUCCUGCUCCAUCGAGCGCACCAUCUCCGAGAAGGGGCAGGGACAGGGACAACAGCAACAGCCUUCUGCCAAAACAACACUGCAAUACGUCAAUGAGCGCCGGCCACGCCCCCACGCACAAGGCAGCAACAACAAUGCAGCUGGCGAUGAGCGUUUUGAGUUUAAAACACGUCCACGCAAAUUGCUGAAAGAAGGUCAUCAGGUAGACGCCAUGCACAGUAGUGAACACAGCUUGAAUAGCAUAACACUGGUAAGCAGCGAGUGGUUGUCCCCAGAUCCCAAAAUCAACAACACCAACAUCAGUAACAACAACAACGAUAACGACAACGACAACAACAAUAACAACAACAAUAGCAAUACAAAUACGCCAAGCUUGCAGCGCCGUAAGACGCAUAUCCAAACCCAACCAUUGACAAUGCCAAACGAAAGCGUUCACAGUGACAAGUUCGACGAUCGUCCGAUUAAACAUCAUUCCUUUGUUUCCGAAGUUCCCGAUGUGAAGCAUAUGGAGCGUGCGCUGCUUGGACUGCUGGAUGAUUUUCAUUCGGGCAAACUGAAGGCUUUCGGCUCUGGCUGCACCAUGGAUCAGAUGACCAAAAUACGAGAGCAACAGGAGAGUUUAGCCAAAUUGCAUUUUGAAUUGGCCGCUGCCGAGGAAGACUCACUGGAGCAUGGAAAUGAGUUCAAUACCAGCAGAGCCCAAGAGAAUAUGCUGCAGCUGAUGCAGCGUCUCGAACAGUUGUCCAUCUCAAUUGAACAGCUACAGACGAGUCACACGGGUCUCUGAGAUUUGGCCAACCUGCAGUCGAUCACGCUCAGCGAUCGUCUGCUUCUGCUCUGAUUCCCAAUUCACAUCUUUGGAUCAUAUCAGACAACUUUUACACGAGACGCAAUAACGUUCACUUAGGACUUGUGUAUAUAUUUAAGUUAAAUAAUUAAUUAAGUCGUAAGAUUUUAUAAGCUUCCAAUGAAUGAUAUAUAUGUAUAUGUACAUAUAUAUAGCAUAAAGUUAAGCCUAACUUUUGCAAAGAUUGUGAAUUACUUUAGUCUUAACAGUUCUUUAGCCAAGUUAAGUGCACAUGCAGUAGCACAUAGUUUGCUCUUCUGCAAUUGGACAUUGCAAUCUUUGGCAUAGCGUAUUCUUAAUUGACAAGCUUGAAUUUCAUUGUAAUCUGUUCAAAAAUUCAUUUGUUGUAUAGUUAUUUGCAAUAUUUAAUUGAUUAAAAUGAAACACUUUUAUGUAACAAAAAUAAUAAGAAAUGAA